GAUGAUGAUGAUGAUGAUGAUGAUGAUGAUGAUGAUGAUGAUAUCAGAGAGGCCCUGUGAAGAACUGUUCAACUAUCUCUUUCCCUUUACUUCUUGUCUGAACAUGAUCUGUUUAGUGUUUGAACAUGAACUCAUGAUUCACAGUUUAAUCUCAGAUUGGAUAUUUAGACAUAGAAACUAGUUUUACACUUCAACAGUCAGUCCAGUUUUUGUGUCAGAGCGUUUCUGUUAGUGAUUUAUUUCAGUCUGAUUAUUUAGAACAACACUUCACUCUGUGGUUGUUCACUUGUUCAACUCUCUUUACCAGAGACAGAGCGUCAGAGCACACAAUCUCAUUUAGUCAGACUAUAUGCAGGAAGUCUUUUUUCACUUUCUGCACAGUGUGCUCUAAUGUGCGGAGGCCAACCUAACAGAGGGUGUGAAACAACAGCACGUUCAAAAGAGGAACUGUUAUGACUAGUUAAGCCUAUACUGGUCAGUUUCAGUAUGCUUGUAACAGCCUCCUCUCCUCUUCCAUCACGGUGUCCUCCAGCAGAGAGAGAACAGUAACAAGGGAGAAGAUGAUCUCCAGGUUCCUGCUGCUCAUGGCGCUGAGCUGCUGUGUCUGUGGAACAUUAGUAGUGAACGUGACUCACACCUCCUAUCAGGCAGAGGAGAACCAGGACGUCACACUGGAGUGGAUCUUCACACCCAAACCUGACCGCUCAACACAACGUCUCUUUGUCCACUGUGACAUGUUCACUGAUCACAAAAACCCGACCCUGUUUCAUCUCCAUGAAGGAGUCGAGGUCUCAGAGUCUCAGGAUGAAGAGUUCUCAGGACGAGUCCAGUGUGACAAAGACGUCCUCAGAGAGGGACGAAUCAGACUUCAUGUGUCCUCACUCAGGACUAAUGACUCAGGCUGGUACAGGUGUGAAGUGAAAACAAAGUCUGGUGUCAGCUUGGCCCGAUGUCAUCUCAAUGUGACUGCUGUUCAUGAGCCUGAGGAUCAGAGACCAACAGAGAGACCAGAACCAGGAGAUCAGAGUCGGGGAAUGACUGCACUCUACGUUGGACUGGCAGUAUCAUUAGCAGCAUUGUUCCUUUUUCUCUGUGUCAUCAGACUGUGUGUCUUUAAAUCUGCUCGUUACAACAACUGCAGGUCUGCAGUCAUGAAGACUCAGAGAAACAGAUCAGGAUGUAAAAACAUCAGAGUCUCAUCUGAACCUUUCAUUGUUCCAGAUGUUGAAGGUUUGAGGUCCAACAUGGAACAGGGACUGUGGCUCAGAGGUGGAGCGGGUCAUCCUCUAACUGGUCUGGUGGUCUGAUCCCCAGCUCCUACAGUCCAUGUUUUCUAAAGCAGCCCCUCAGAGAAACGUUGUCUACGUGAUCUCAUCAGUGGAUGUUUUCAGAGACGUUACUUCAGCAUCAAACUUCUCCUCCAUCUCCUGCGGCUGUUUUGGAACAAUAAGAAGGGACUACCUCAGCACCGCUUCUCUCCUCCUGAGGGAACUUGGUGCUGCAUUCACUUGGGCUUGUAAAUCAGACUUUUGCUCAUGAAAAUUUUAACCAGACACAAAUGUUGUGUUGUGGAGCACGUUGUACCCUGGUAGAUCUGCAGAUCUAAUCAGGUCCAGAGUUUAGUGAGUGUGUUGGUCAAAGACUCAGCUUCUCAUCAGGUGUCAUUCAAACUCAGUUAAAAUGAUCUCCUGUCAAAAUGCACUGUUUGUAAAGUCUUCAUGCUGUAAAUAAAGAUUCAUUUAUUCAGA